UGCACCUUUCAAACAACAACUGCCAUCAUCUCCAUUCUCGCACAUGCUCUACACCCCUAAUCUGUAGCCAAGCUGAUUUGAAUGUCUGGAGGAUUUAAAUAUUUUGUAAGCUAGCAAAGAUAUAGCUGAAGUGUUCACCUAUGCCGGUAAAAUGUUUGAAGAGGUUUCUGUGCACAAUAGAGAGGGACGCUGCACUCCUGAUAGCCUUGCUGUUAAUCACUCUUGCUGUAAUUUGCCCUUUUACUUGUAUAAUAGUCAGCUUCACUUAUGGGCUUUGCAGCAUUGACUUAUGGCUUGAGGUGCUGUCUGUAGCUUGGUCAGUGAUAUAUUCUCCCUUUCACUGGGGCUGUGUGCUGGGACUAUCCCUUCUGUAUUUCAUGGCCCCAGUUGUUAUCGACCUACUGCAGAAGAUACUGUUGAAGAUACUGCAGAUGAGUUUUGACGUGGUAUCCGAGAUCAAGUCAGUCAUUUGGGACAUUGCGUAUGCCAUGCAGCAAGAGAAAGAGAAGGAGGGCAUAGUUGUUUACUAUGUGAAAAGAGCCAGAGCCAGUAAGAGCAAGAGAAAGGAUGAACUUGAGGAGAAGGAGUUAAGACGACGCUUCUAUGAAGGCAAAACAAAGUACUUUGGUUACAAGAACUACAUCAGGUUUUUACUGAAAAGUGGAGGGGACCUGAGAGCACAACUGAGGGCAUCAAGGUCAGAGAAGAACCCUGCAGGUGACCCCUUACUGCUGGAGGAGGUGCGGUUGGGGCGGCUGCUUCUGAGACACGAGACACGACGCAUGGAUAACCGACUGCAGAUGGGGACAUGGGGCUGACAGGGAUCUCACACUUUACAUUUUUUUUUAAUCCUUUUUAUGUUGGCCUGAGGUACUGCAUGACACUUGUUAUCCUCCUCAUUCACCAAUGCAAAUGAUAUCUUUAUUGUGAUAUUGAUGGAAGAUUAGAAUUAGGACCACAAAUGUGUGAUGUGCUGUAGCAUUGGGCAAUAAUAGCCUACAAGUAAUUAAUAAAACUGUUAUUUAAAAAACAAAUGUCAACAGA